GAGAGGGGGCAGAGCGAGCGCUUGUGUCAGUGUUGGUUGUGACCUCCUGUCAUGUCAACGUGCACGCUGCUGCUGCGCUCGCAGGCGGGCUGUGGUCUCUCUGACUCCCCCCGCCAACCGACCGAGCACCCUCUCUCCCCCGACCUCACCGACGUCUGCAGGUUCUCUGGGGAAAACAGGUCCCUCACAGAAUGCCUGGAGCAGUUCAAAACCUCAGAACACUAUAAGGCCAUAGGAGGAAGACAGCUGUUCCUGUACCUGGAGCCGUCAGACCCUAGUAAACUGUCCGGACGAGAGGAGGUGUGUGAAGGGAUGCCGGCUGAACGCUGCACUGUCUCAGCGCUGAGAGAAGUCAUGGAUUCAACCAAGCCUUUCGAUCAAAUUGACGAACCCUGCAAAAUGUUAGACACAACAAAAGCCGUGGUGAACUACUCUGAACACCAAAUGGUCUACGAGGAAAUCGAUCCCGCUGUUGAGCAAUGCAACGUGAACGGAGAACUUGAAGAAGAGAUCGAACACUCUGUACCCUUUAACGGAGACUCUGAAGGUCUGGAGCAGUAUGGGAUCCAACCCCGGGAGGAUUGUUUAUUGCCUCACCAGCACCCUGAGGCCUGUGAGACAGAGAUGGUAAACAAAUCAUGUCAUGAAUGCAUUCAGAACUUAGAGGGUUUCGAUCUCGGUGAGUCCUCUGAGCACAGUGCUAAUCAGAGUCGAGCUUCUGAAUGCUGCCGACUCUGUGAACACUGCACAGAACACCUCCAGUCAUCCCAACUAUGCAAGUCCUCUGAUCAACAGAACGAGUCUGUUGAGCCAGACAAACGGAGCCAGACAACUACUGAGUAUUUUGAACAAGAUUUCGAACCCGACUCUGAUCAGAGUAAGUCCUUCGAUUCUAACAGACUGAGCCAGACAGAAACAGAGUUUUUGGAGCAAGAUUUUGAACCUGACUUGGCUGAAUCAGUUAAUUUAUUUGAAUGUUAUGCUAGAAAUAGUGAGUAUUCUGAAACGACUUAUCAAAUUGAUGAGACAUCUGAGUGUACAUUAGUGCUCGAUGAAUAUUUGAGUAAUUUUGAUUCCAUCGAUGAGCAAAUUGAUAUCUGUGAGCUUAGUGAGGCUUCAGCUGAACAAUCUUUUACAGUAUCAGAUGAUCUUAAUACCCGCAUGUCCUCUCAAGGCACUGAGGAAAACGUUAAUCCCUGUGAAAGUGACUGUCAGUCAGAAGCAAGCGAGUACACCAACAAUAUCGACCCUGCAGAGGACAUCAGUUAUGAUGUCAUAGACUACGCCACACCCUCACUUCACUGUGAGCUGUCCUGUCAGACCAGUCAAGAUGAACAACAGGAAACUAGCGAAGACUGUGGAUGCUUUGAGCAACGUGAGCCUUAUGAAAAUCUUGAGGGUGAACACACGUUCUAUGACCACAACGCUGCAUGUUGCAUCGAGGAAGAUGAGUCCUCCUCGCAGUGUUCUUCCACUGAAACCAAAUCUUUUGCAACUUGUAACGACGGCAGCAUCCCCUCCGCAGCCUGCUCUGACUCGGGGGAGUCCGACAAAGGAGCCCAGGAUGAGGACAGCUACGAGCAGAACGAAUGGGAGUCUUUUGAAGAAGAUGACCUGCAGGAAUCGGACGAGAGCACUGAUGAUAAAGAUGAAGACUGCUCCAGUGCUGUCGUUACUGAGGAUUUCUUUGACCUGUUUGACAGAGUGGACUUUCACGGACACUCUUUUGUUCAAAGAAGACCUUACAUAUCCUGCUUCGAGGGUGGGGAUGUUCAUGAUUUUUACGUUGCACAGCUCAAGCUGGAGAAAACGACAACCUGUGCCAACGACUCUAAAGAGUCAGAGGAUGACGACACUCACGCUACCCCUGUUCAGGAUCUGAAACCCUCUGAUGAAGAACAACAUGGUGAAGAUGAGGCACUAAACAUCCUCCAUCCCUAUGUUGGGAGACCAGAUACUGGAUCCUUUGCAGACGAGGGGUCUGUUAAAUGUGACACCCAGGAGAACACAGAUAAAGCUAUUGGAGCCUUUGUCACCAGGAAUGAGCUUCAGGAGAGCGAGGGUUUGGAAAAAUACUUGUCUGAAGCCUCCGAAAAAGAUCAUGUGUCUUGUCCCGCUAUGGGUGAAUGUCUGGUGGAUGUGGAGGCUUGUGAGGACGAGGGUGCAGACGCUCUGUGUGUUGAUGAUGAGCUGAGCUGCGCUGAUGACUCCUACCAACCCUCAGAGGAGCAAGGCUCUGGAAGUGAUGCCGACAAUGGCCAGACAGACGACCCAGUUCUUACAAAAGACAUGGAUGCACAACCUGUCGAAUGUUACAUCCAGGAAAUAAUCCUGGAUUUAAUCCGGCAAAUAACACAAGACGGCGUGCAUGAAGAAGAGUCCUGUGAUGACGAAGAUGGUUUUAGUAUUUGUACUGAAAGGGAACCCUACUGGUCAUGCACAGAAAAUGGAGAGAUCUAUGAACCAGGUAUUGAAGAAUACUACAUGUAUGAAAUAAAUACCUGGAAACCUUGUAUUAAACAUGAGGCUUGUGAGCCCUGUGGGAGAAAAAGGAACCCUCCCACCCAACACCAGGAGGCUGCAGGACGAGAGGAGGAGAGGGACUCUCGAGACACCAUAUUACACGAGGAGGAGAACGAACUAAGCCAUUUCAAAAUCAUUGAAGUUGUUGACUUGAACGGAGAGUUUAAUGACCACACCGAAUCUUUCACACCUUCUAUUAAGGAAGUGAAGAUCAAUAAUGAAAACCAGCAAAAGACUCAGUACCCAGAGACAAAUGACUGGUCGGAGACUGAUGUUUCUGAGAAAACAGCCCUUGGUGAAGCUGAGCACAGGGCAGUCUCAGUGGGAAGCAGACCCUCUGAACAAAGUGAACAGGAAGGGGGAGAAGAGACACAUGAAUUCUUUAAGAUGGUGGAUGAAAACAAGGCCUGUGAGCAGAAUGAGGACCCAGAGGAGGAGGAGUCUGAGGAGGAGUCUGCAGAGGGCUGUGACUGCGAGUACUGCACACCUCCACCACAGAAGCUCCCAGCUAAGCCAUUGCUCCCUCAGGUCAAGUCUAAAGAUGCGGGGAAGAUUUGUGUGGUCAUUGAUUUGGAUGAAACUCUGGUACACAGUUCAUUCAAGCCAGUGAACAACGCUGAUUUUAUCAUUCCAGUGGAAAUCGAUGGAACAGUUCACCAGGUGUACGUGUUGAAGCGACCCCAUGUGGACGAGUUUCUGAAGAGGAUGGGAGAGCUGUUUGAGUGUGUGCUUUUCACUGCAAGCUUAUCGAAGUAUGCAGAUCCCGUGUCUGACCUUCUGGAUAAAUGGGGCGCGUUCCGCAGUCGCCUCUUCCGGGAGUCCUGCGUGUUCCACCGGGGAAACUACGUGAAGGACCUGAGCCGUCUGGGCCGAGACCUCAACAAGGUCAUCAUCCUGGACAACUCUCCUGCCUCCUACAUCUUCCACCCCGACAACGCUGUGCCCGUCGCUUCCUGGUUUGACGACAUGGCCGACACCGAGCUGCUCGAUCUCAUCCCGUUCUUUGAGAGGUUGAGCAAAGUGGACAAUAUCUACGAUGUUCUCAAGCAGCAGAGGACUACGAGCUAACGAGAGAGCAGAUCUCCAGCGACUCUCCCCGUGGGGCCACGGAGGCUGGUGGGCGCUGGCUCAGCGCUGCGUCCCACCGUGAGGACCAGCUAGCGUCUGGGUCAACGCCACCUAACAUAUUCCACUCCUAGAAUAUAUGGCAGAGAGGACUUUCAUUAUGGCACAAAGAUGGAUUUGUAAGUAACUGGACUGAUAUGUAAGUAACCAUUGUUCACACUUGGUUUGUCUUGCCCCCCCCCCUUCACACAGCCCUUCUCAAGACUUUUUCUUUCUUAAAAAAAAAAAAAGAAAACUACCUUUUAAUCUGGUGGAUUGGAUUUUCAAUUCCUGCAAAGAUGUUAUGGAAAAAUGUUUUUUAUAAGUAAAACUUUUUUUCUUCACUGGCCUAUUUGGUGUAGUAAGUCUAAAAUAAACUGGCACAGACCUGGGCAGGUUAAAUAUAUAUUGUAUUUGUGAGAGAGCGCACCAAACCCUAACCCUAUCUUCAUAAGUAAUAAAGAGUUUAAUAUGUGCAAAAUACUCAAGCCAUUAAUUUUGUGUCAAGUCUUAUAGUGUAGAAGAGCCUUUAGGGUUGAUUCUCUCUCCCCAUCAGUCAUUACCUUCAUCAGAACUCUGACCACUGAUAGUUUACACUUCAUUUGACUAAAAGACAGGUAUGUGCUCAAGUGAUGACUGAUCAUUCAACACAUAAACCUCUGUCUGGCUACUAGAAAAGAGGAUGAUCCUUGCUCAGUAGGCACGCAGUAUCACUACCAUGGCAGACUUCCACACUUCAUUAGGAUUUAGAAGGUAUGGCUGAAUAUGCCAUUGAUUCUGGUAUGAAUAACCAAACGUGUGCUGAACAUGAGUCUGUUCUAACAAGUGAAUGUUAGAAUGCCUGGGUUACAACUGAAUAACUGGCCCAGAGCCGCAAUGAUUACUGUUGAACCCUGGUGAAGUCUGGGCCGGUGUGCCUACUAAAUGACAAUCAAUUUAUUAUUGAUUUAUUCAAAACCUUUUUCAGUUAUUAGAUUUUCAAUCUAUUUCCAAUCAACAUUGUUUUUACCUCUUCACUAUUUGUGCAUUUCUGUGCACCAUUAAGAUGCACUGAUAUCAACAUACAUGGGGACAGGUGAACUUUUCCCUGAGGAUAUCCAAAGCAUCACAGUGAUCACAUUACUAUCAUCCCUGUAACGUACCCCACUUACAGAAAGCCUUGACAGAUCAAUUGCUCACCUAGUGUAUUACAAUCUUACAUGUUCUGUCAUUAAAAGGCUCUGAAGAUUGGAGGUCUUUAUUUGAAAAGGCAGGACUGUUACUAGAUUUUCAGUUUCCUCUGGACAAUGGACCUUUAAACUCUAAUCUGAUUGAAUAACCUACAAGUGCCAAUAUGGAUGUGGUGAGAUUAUUUUUGUACGAAUGAUCACGAUUGUAAAAGGUUGUUUUGAUUUAUUUUUAACAUUGCUAUAUUUCACAUGUCAAAAUAUGUCAUUUUCAUAUUUUUAGGCAAACUUUAUUGAAAUAAAUAUCAUAUGCUAACUUGUUUUAAUGCUAGUACAGAGCCGGGAAGUAUGGUUGUUAAUCUACCAAGAUGUUCUAGAAAAGUACAAUAUGACAUGAUUUACACAAGCACAAUUUAUUUCCUCUCCU